AUGGCCGACGACGGUGCGUCCCGCGCGGAGCUGAUCGAGCCGGCCCCGGCGCUGCCGGCGGAGCCUGUGACCGCGAGGAAGCCUCGGGGGCGUCCUCCGGGGUCCAAGAACAAGCCCAAGCCGCCGGUGGUGGUGACGCGGGAGAGCGAGGGCGCGAUGCGCCCCGUUGUGCUGGAGCUCGCGGCGGGUUGCGACGUGGUCGCCGCGGUGGCCGCGUUCGCGCGCCGCCGCCGGGUGGGCGUGUCCGUGCUCUGCGGGCGCGGGGCGGUGGCCGCCGUCCGGCUGCGCCUCGCGACCUCCCCGACGACGGCGUCCACGGUGACGCUGCACGGGCGGUUCGAGGUCCUGUCCCUGUCCGGGACCGUGCUGCCGUCCGAGGGUGCGGCCUCGGCGCCGGCGCCGUUCUCGGUGUCGCUGGCGGGGGCGGGCGGGCAGGUGAUCGGCGGGACGCUGGCCGGGGAGAUGACGGCCGCGGACGGGGUGGUGGUGGUGGCCGCCACGUUCGGGAGCGCCGAGGUGCACCGGCUGCCCGCGGCCGCAGGCGCGGAGGACGAGGACGGCGCCGGUGGCGGUGAGGAGGGGAGGCAUCCGCAUUCCCAGCUGCUGCUGCAGCAGCAGCAGCUGGCGCCGGCGGCAGGGAGCGCAGCGGGCGACGUGGAGGGGCUGGGUGGCUACGGCGGUGGUGCUGGGACUGGGAGCGGCGGCGGCCAUGUGGGGAGGCACGCGCAUGUGCCUGAGAUGGCGUUGUGGGCCCAGCCUGCAUCCAGUCGCGGCCCGGCCCACCCUUUGCCCCAGUUCUAG